AUGGUUACCUCCUCCGUCCUUACGGCAUGUUCGUUGCUGCCGCUCCUUGCAGCUGCGCGAAUCAAUGUUACCUCGCAACUGUUCGUAUUAGCCGGCGAGAGCACAAUCAACAACGUCAAGCUCACCUGGAGCCUUAUUGACGACGCCGCAUCUUACGAAGUACUUCUCCUCUCCGACUCAGGGUCAUACGAUGUACUGGCAACUGCACCCGGGGAUAGCUGGGAUAUCUACGGUCUCACGGCCAGCCAGACGUACCAGAUCCGCGGUGUAAACGGCAGCACUACCAUCGACAGCUCAGACGACGUGACUGUCGCCCCUGGAUCUACUUUGGCGAGCGAUCUAAGCACGUAUGACAACACAGUGGCGUCGUCCCUGAGCAUCAAAAGCACUCUAGUAUCCGGGAGCACCUACUACAAAUACAACUACGUCACCGAUUCGAACGGCUUCAGUUACUUUCAAAUCCAGACCUCCACCGACGGCUACACUUUCACCGGCAACACAACAGCCAUCACGCGCGAAACCGUCUGCGCCUCGAUCGCCAACGGCUUCUGCAAGCUCGAGUCGAUCGCCAUCAACCAGCACCCCACCACCAACCAAGUCGUCAUCUGGGCGCACUUCGAGAACGCCGCCGACUACACGCUCGGCGAAGUCGCCGUCCUCUACGGCGACCCAGGCGACACGCUCACCUUCGGCGGCGCCUUCCGGCCGGAGGGCGACGACUCGCGCGACCUAGGCUUCUUCGCCGACACCGACGGCAGCGGCUACAUCAUCACGGCCAUCAACACCAACACCAACCUCGGCCUGUACAGCCUCAACGCGGACUGGACCAACGUCACGGCCAAGGUCGCCACCAUCCAGCCCGGCGAGAACCGCGAGGCGCCCGCGCUCGUGCGCGACGGCGAGUCGUACUACCUCUUCUCCAGCACGGCCGCGGGGUGGUACCCGUCGCAGGGCAAGUACGUGUCGACGCAGGCGAGCCUGAGCAGCAGCAACGGGACCUGGACCGCGUCGCGCAACGUCGGCAACGUCAACACCUUCGGCGCGCAGUCCGGCGGCGUCUCCCAGAUCGGCGACACGUACGUCGAGCGCGCGAACCGGUGGGCGGCGCAGUGGGCGAUCCCCGAGGCGAGCAACAGGCAGGUCGUGCUGCCCAUCGCAUUUGCGGACGGGCUGGCGUCGUACCACUUCUACCGCACGCUGCGGUAUAGUGAUGAUGCGGGAGUUGUGGUGGGAGUGCAGUCAGGCAAGAUUCUGAGCGUUGGUAAGACUGCCACCAGUUCGGAUGCGUCGACGACGGCUAGCGUGGCAAACGACGGCACGCAGGACGAUCCGAGCAACCUUUUCACGCCGGCUGCGGUGCCGUUCUGGUGGCAGGUCGAUCUGGGGGAUGCGCACAGCCUUACGCAGGUUGAUAUCACGCCCCGACAGGUCGGUGGGUCCGAGACGUAUCUGCAGUACAACGUCACGGGCAGUACUGAUGGGGAGAGUUGGACGCUGCUCGUGAAUGGGACGGCGAAUACGGCUGUUGGGUUCCUGAAUGAGGAGGUUACCGAUAGUGGUAGCUACAGGUACGUCCGCUUGAAUGUGAAUAAGGUCAUCAACAUUCAUAAUGGGAACGAGGCGGACUGGGCUGCCGGCCUGCACGAGGUGACUGUGUACGGAUCAUGA